AUGGUAAAUGAUGAAAGGGAUUCAAGGAUCCAACUUAAACGUACAAGGAAAGAAUUUGAGAGGAGAGAGGAUGAUGACAUUAUUAUGGUAGUGGUCAGUUUUAUAGUUGCUGCCAUUGGUGCUUGGUACUAUACAAAGCACAUGUUGAAGGAGAGUUCAAGAACACACGAAGAAGAGGAUGAAAGGACAUACCUUAGAAAGUCUUGGAUUCGAAAUCUUAUUUGCAAUGCAAAUAACUGUGUUGAACAACUAAGGAUGAAUCCUCAAGCGUUUAAGAGGUUAUGUGAUGUUCUAUGUACUAGAGGGGGAUUAGUAGCAUCAAGAAAUGUCACGAUUGAAGAAAUUGUCGCUAUGUUUUUGCAUAUUUUAGCUCAUAAUGUAAAAAAUAGGACAAGCAAGAUAGAUUUUUAUUGUUCAAAUGAAACAAUUAGUCGGCAGUUCCACAAAGUACUUCAAGCAGUCAUGAAGAUAGGAAGCCUCUAUAUUAGACAAGAAUAUACAAAUCCUAAUGAGAGAGACAUAGAGAAGUGGAAAUGGUUUGAGGAUGCUAUCGGGGCACUUGAUGGGACUCAUAUCCAAUUAACUAUUCCUUUGGAAGAUCAAAGUAGAUAUCGAAAUAGAAAAGGAGAGAACAGUACAAAUGUACUUGGUGUUUGUGAUGCCAAUUUGAGAUUUUCAUAUGUGCUACCUGGUUGGGAGGGUUCAACAUCAGAUUCUCGUGUUUUGCGUGAUGCUUUGCGUCGGCCCAAUGGCUUAAACUUCCCUCAAAUGAAUGAAGACGACUUGUUGAAUGAUGUGGAUCGAGAAUUAGAAGAUUCUCCUGUUUUAGAAAUUGAGAAUGUAGAUGAUGAGCGUAUCACCACUGUCAUUGAUCUAUUUGUAUGUUACUUGGUACCAUCAUUAAGUUGUUCUAAGCUGAAGAUGACAAAGAAAGGGAAACAAAUUGCAUCUCAUUCAAGAUCAUAUGUUGUGUGGAAUCGUGAUAUGGACGCAGCUUUAGCCAAUGUGUUGUACGAUCAAAUGAACCAAGGAUUAAAAGUCGAUGGUACUUGGAAGCCUCAAGUGUAUCAAGUUGCGGUUGAUGCAUUAAAAUCAUUUAAUAGCAACUUGAACAAAGAUAACGUGAAAAAUCGACUCAAAAUUUGGAAAACCCAUUAUAAUGUUAUCUAUGACAUUAAAAAUAAAAGUGGUUUGACGUGGUGGGAUGAUGAGAAGAAAAUGGUGAUUAUACCCGCUAGUGAGCAAAAAGUAUGGAACGAUUAUGUUGCGGCUAAUCCAGAUGCAAAAGGCUACCAGAAUCGUUUGAUUAAAAAUUAG